AGGAUGGAAAGGCUUACACAGGCAGGGGAGGAAACAUGUCAUGAGAGGUGAUGACACAGCCACGGAGACUUAUCCACAUCCUCACUGACUCCCAAGUUCGCUGCAUGCCGCCACUGCCGUCGCUUCUGCUGCUGUUAGCGCGUCCCACAGAGGAGAGAGAGAGAGCCAAAGAUAGCCUCCACUCUCUCCCCACCUCUCUCUCUCUUCCUCUCUUUUUCACUUUGUUUGUGGAUGAUGGGAUUUUAAUCAUGUGGAAGACAGCUGAGCGGCUCUUCAGGAUUUCGCUGACGCUGCGCCUGGUCCCGCCUGGCCUCCUCUGAGCAGGAUGGACACACUGGAGUCAGAGCUGACCUGCCCAAUUUGCCUGGAGCUCUUUGAAGACCCGCUGCUGCUCCCCUGCGCUCACAGCCUGUGCUUCGGCUGCGCCCAUCGCAUCCUCAUCUCCCACUGUGCCACCAACGAAUCGGUUCAGAGCAUCGGCGCCUUCCAGUGCCCCACCUGUAGAUAUGUCAUUUCCCUGAGUCCGGAGCGUGGACUCGAAGGACUUAAGAGAAACGUGACCUUGCAGAACAUUAUUGAUAGAGUCCAGCAGGCCUCAUCGUCAGCCGGGGUCCCUCUACCGCUGGCGUUGCCUGCACCCCACAGCGGGCCCAACUCUCCCGGCGAGGAAGGGAGCAACCGGUUGGCGCUGGUCCCAGUCAGCGCCGCCAUGUCCAGCCCAGGCACGCCUCCCGAACCGGUCCAGUGUCAGUUCUGCGAGCAGGACCCGCCACAGGAUGCCGUGAAGACGUGUGUGACGUGCGAGGUGUCGUACUGCGAGGAGUGCCUCCGAGCGACGCACCCAAACAAGAAGCCGUUCACCGGCCACCGGCUCAUCGAGCCCAUGCCAGACUCCCACCUCAGGGGGCUCCAGUGUCUGGAGCACGACGAGGAGAAGGUGAACAUGUACUGUGUCACUGACGAUCAGCUGAUCUGCUCACUGUGCAAACUGGUCGGAAGGCACAGAGACCACCAGGUGGCGGCACUGAGCGACCGCUAUGAAAAACUCAAGCAAGCCCUGGACUCCAACCUGAGUAGUUUGAUCAAGAGGAACAACGAGCUGGAGUCUCUUAUGGGGAAACUGAUCCAGACUUGUCAACAUGUAGAGGUGAAUGCGUCCCGUCAGGAGGGCAAGCUCCUGGAGGAGUGCGAUAUCCUGAUUGACAUCAUUCAGCAGAGGAGGCAGAUCAUUGGCAACAAGAUCAAGGAGGGGAAGGCACAAAGGAUUCGAAAGCUUGCCCAACAGAUCUCCAACUGCAAGCAGUGCAUCGAGAGGUCCUCCGCCCUCAUCACGCAGGCUGAUCAGACACUGAAGGAAACCGAUCACGCUCGCUUCCUGCAGACUGCCAAAUGCAUCAACGAGAGGGUUUCCAUGGCAACUGCAUCAACUCAAGUGCUGAUCCCUGAGAUACACCUAUCAGACACCUUCGACACUGUUGCCCUGGACUUCACCCGAGAGAAGAAGUUGCUGGAGAAUCUGGAUUACCUUACUGCUCCGAGUGCCCCAUCCAUAAGGGAAGAGUUGUGCACCGCUUCCUACGACACCAUCUCGGUCCACUGGACGUCUGAUGAUGAGUUCACAGUGGUUUCCUAUGAGCUACAGUAUGCUAUCUUCACUGGACAGUCUAACAUUGCCAGUCUGUGUAACUCAUUGGAGAGCUGGAUGAUUGUACCCAACAUCAAGCAGAACCACUACACGGUGCACGGUCUGCAGAGCGGCACCAAGUAUAUUUUUGUUGUCAAGGCCAUUAACCAAGCGGGAAGCAGGAGCAGUGAACCCGGGACUCUGAAGACCAACAGCCAGCCGUUCAAGCUGGAUCCGAAAUCUGCCCACAAGAAGCUCAAGGUGUCCCACGACAACCUGACAGUGGAGCGGGACGAAACCACGUCCAAGAAAGGCCACAGCCAGGAGCGUUUCUGCAGCCAGAACAGCUAUGGCGUGGUGGGGAACGUCUACAUCGACAGUGGCCGUCACUACUGGGAGGCUUUAAUUGGAGGGAGCACAUGGUACGCUGUGGGCAUUGCCUACAAAUCAGCCCCCAAGCACGAGUGGAUCGGCAAGAACUCGGCCUCCUGGGUGCUCUGCCGCUGCAACAACUCCUGGGUGGUUCGCCACAACAGCAAAGAGCUGGCCAUCGAGCCCUCGCCCCACCUGCGACGCGUUGGAGUCCUGUUGGACUACGACGCCGGUUACGUGACCUUCUACGACGCCGUGGGCUCGCAGCACCUGCACACAUUCCACGUGUCCUUCGCCCAGCCCGUGUGUCCCGUGUUCAACGUGUGGAAUAAGUGUCUGACGAUUCUCACCGGUCUACCCAUCCCUGACCAUCUAGAGGGACUGGAGCCCGACAACUGAACGCUACAGACAGACGAGAACGCGUCAGCAUGAACUGGUCGUAAUUAUCUUAAAGCUGCACUGGGUAAGCUUUGUGAAAAUCUUAUUUGGAUAGAGAACAAAAAGAGUUUCCCCAUCCUUUCCAAUGGUAACAUUUUUUUAAUAAAAGUAACCCAGUUACAUCGCUUUCUCAAUCCAAAUAAAUUAAACGUUACCAUUAGUGCAAAAUUACCUAGUGCAGCUUUAAUAUGCGACAAAAAAAAAAAAAAAGAGAUGCCUGGAGUGUCAUCUCAUCCACCUUCUCAAAAGUGAUUCUCAGUUGGUGACUAGGAUUUCUUAUAGCCAAUUAUGGCACUGGUUCAUGCCAUCUUCAUGACUCCUAGUGAAAACCUUUACGAGAUGGAUGACAGGAAGCUUGAGUCAAUC